AUGAAAUUGUUGACUGAUUUUUCAGAUAUCUCCUCUCAAGUAAAAGUAAAAACAGGAGAUGUAGAUCACGGAAGUACCGACGCCAAAGUUACUCUGAGAAUUUAUGGUAGUCUUGGAGACACAGGUCCUUUACAACUAGACCAAUCUCUUAAUCAUUCUGAUCCGUUUCAUCGAAACUACAUUGAUACUUUUAUACUUACAGCUCCAGUCAUUGGACAGAUUGAAAAAAUUAAGAUAGGACAUGACAACUCAGGGAUAGGUCCUGGGUGGUAUGUGGAAACAAUUACUAUUGAUAUACCAUCUGAAGGUAGACGCUAUGUGUUUCUGUGUCAUCGAUGGUUAUCUGUAUCAGACGCUGAUGGAGCUACUGUAACAGAAUUUUAUCCUACCAGUGGAGAAGAUAUCUCGUAUCAAGUAGAAGUAAAAACAGGAGAUGAACCUGGAGCAGAAACAGCUGCAAAUAUUACUCUGAUAAUUUAUGGUAGUCGUGGAUCCACAGGUCCUUUACAACUAGACCAAUCACUUAAUCAUUCUGAUCCGUUUCAACGAAACUACACUGAUACUUUUAUACUUACAGCCCCGAUUGAAACAAUUAAGAUAGGACAUGACAACUCUGGUAUAGAUCCUGAGUGGUAUGUAGAAACAAUUACUAUAGAUGUACCAUCUGCAGGUCGACGUUUUAUUAAAAAAAUUAAGAUAGGACAUGACAACUCAGGGAUAGGUCCUGGGUGGUACUUAGGCACAGUAACUAUUGAUUUCCCAUCUGAAAGUCGACGUUAUGAGUUUGUGUGUAAUCGAUGGUUAUCUAAAUCAGACGAUGAUGGACAGAUUGUAAGAGAACUUCAGCCAACUAGUUCAGAAGAUAUCUUGUAUCAAUAUCAAGUAGAAGUAAAAACAGUAGAUGUAGUUGACGCAGGUACAGACGCCAAAGUUACUCUGAUAAUUUAUGGUAGUUGUGGAGACACAGGCCCUUUACAACUAGACCAAUCUCUUAAUCAUGCUGAUCCGUUUCAACGAAACUACACUGAUACUUUCAUACUUACAGUUCCGGUCAUUGGACAGGUAAGGAAAUUAGAUAACCAUAGAAAUAAAGACUGA